AUGCGGCCCAUGAACGGACAACAGUCAGCCAGAGAUACCCGCAGGAGCAUACGGCCUGGCGUGCGCUGGACGGGAGAGGCGGCCGAUCUCCCAACCUGGAGCUACCCGGUGACCGUCGGCUACAAGCGGGCACCACGCAACCCCCCCCCUUGGACUGGCGGGGGUGGUCCCGGUCCCCUCCCUGAUAGCUCCCAAGCCCCAUCGGGGAGCCGUGGCAGUGAUGCAAUAGUCGGGGAGCAAGGUGGAACACCACCCAAGGAUGGCAGACGCCACAUGCACCCAGAAUCCGGAAAGGGAGAUGUCUGUGACUUACCAACGCCUAGAAGCUAUCUUCGAAGCCUUUUGGAGGAAGCUGGAGAGCAGGCUGACCAGUACUGA